CGCCUGUCAGACCAAAUUAGAGGCAUUCAUCUCUAUAUGAUUACUCCUACUCCCAUAUUGCUUUACCACUCACAAAAGACGUGAAAUCGAGACUCUGCUCCUCUAUAUAUGAGUCUGGAAUGGUAGUGUAAUGAAUAGAGUACCCAGUCCUGCCCAUCCAACCCGAGCGGACGUUUGUGCCCGUGUGCCCGCCCACUUUACAUACACCCAGAGCCACCAGAGAUCGGACCCUUUCCUUUGGGCGAACCGAUUCGCGUGGGUGAGGGGCAAAUGCAGCGCAGCACGCUAAUUGAGCCUCGCUCUGCCCAAAGGCGGCUAGGAUUGAAUGAUUCGCUGACGUUCUCGAUUCUUAGUUCCGACUACAUCUCUUACCUCUCACCUCUCCUUACUCUUACUCAUAACCGCCUUUUCGCCUUCUCACUUUCGACUUCAGCCUUCUCUCAUCUCUCUCUUAACCCGCGAGUUCACGAACUUCAUCACCCUCUAAACCCGAGGAAACCGACACACACACGCCCGCAUCCGAUCCGCCAUAUUGCUCAACCGCCCAACCUACUUUCCUCUUCACCGUUCGUCUACCCGGGUUUAGCUGAUUGAAGCAUUCCGUUCGUGGCGAGUUCAUCCACCAACUCUUGAACCGUUCUUCUUGUCGUCGGACCGAGGACUUUUGAAUUUUGUUUCCCAGAGUCUCUGCUUUCUUGUUCUUUACCUUGCUGUGCUUGUCUCUCUCUUGAGUUCGAGCUAUCCGCGAUUCUCCCGGUGUUUAUUCUGCAUAGCCCCGUCCUUGUUCUUCUUGGGUGGCGUCGGCGUUUCGUGCGGAUAGUAGGAGGACUUUUACGACUUGACGGCUACGAUACACCCACGGCUCACAUUGGUGUUUCCCUUCUAUCUGACUUUCAGUCACACCUUGAUCGUUGACUGUUUUGGUACAUCGAGUUCUUCAUUGGGUGUCAUUUCAAGGGUCUAAGCUAAAACUGACUCGAGGCUAUCGACAACAAAACAUUGUUAUUAUUCGACAUAACGACUGGCAUUUCUUCUCUCUGCGAGUCCAGCAACCUGGGAAUCAUAGCAACCCGGCCGUCCAAGAUCUGCGGCAACCUUCAAACCUCGAAAUCAAGAGUGUACUUAGGCCAGCCAGGCCAGUACCAAAAACUAAGUCGACAACUGGGUCGCCACAUACCCAAUAUCACACCGAAACUAUUCUCCGUCUUUCUGUCCUCAACCUGUUCGGCCAAGAUAUACGGCUACUCGAAUCUCUGAAGCACAGUUUGAGCCAGAUACCUGAGGCUCUUACCGUGAGCUUUGGCCAGAGAGAACCCGGUCUGAUUCUCGAACAUCUACGGCCAACUUGAGGUGGCCGUUUCGGGCAGAGUUUGCUAUCUCCGAUGAGUAUCACGGUUUUCACCCUUAUUCCGCACUCGCCAAACCCAAUCGCCUUCCGUCACGGCCAAGGGGCUUGGUCACAGCACCCAACCUUGAUCCCCUCUCUGGGAUUCCCAGAGGGUUCCCGGUACCUUGACUAUCACCAACGGCUUCCAAGAAGGUUCCCGGCACCUUGACUAUUUCACCAUACUUCAAGUAUCAUUUGGAUACAGAUAACUUGCUCAGAGACACCACACGGGUUACCGUCGUCUUCUUCGUCUCCAGCACUAUAAAAUGGACUCUCCAAUCCCUUCUCUGCAGUCCUCGGACGUAGCAGAAUCUCACUCACCUUCUCCAUCUCCUACACAACCACCUACUUCCCUAGGAGAUUUCAGCAAGCUGUUUGAGAAUCUGCGAGUUCACGAGACUUCCACCUCAUCUACACGUAUUCUCUCUUCGCCAGACAGAGUCUACUCUUCUUCUUUACAUUGCUUUGAGCCUCUUUGCAAGUCAGAGAGCCCCUCAAGCAAACAGUCUCAGCCACUUCUUCUCCUCCCUCUCAUAUUCACCACAGAAGAAAUGGCCAGAACUGGCAGCAAGCGCAACUACCAGUCCUUGGACUUGGCCGAGGCCAAACGGUCAAAGGUCGAGCCCAAGGACAAGAAGCCUGUCGCUGCCGUCGCUGUCGGAAUGGUAGCUCGAGCCUCUUCAGACUCGGGCUACCAUUCCGACUCGUCUGCCGCCGCCGCCCCCGCCGACAACGACAACGCGGGAGAGAGGCUCUUCAACAAGCAGACCGCCAAGAGACCUCCUCCCAGCUCCCAGCUCCCCUUGGCCGCCCGUUUGCAGCAGCGUUUCGGCGCUCGCGACGAGUCCUUGGCCGUAGCUUACCCGGAGCAAUGCGCCCGCGGUCUCUACAUCUACGCCGACGGAUCCAACAUCUCCGUGUCCUUCUUCAACGACCUGAAGAAGCGCAUGGGCAUGUCUAGGGACCAGCGCCUCUCAACCUCCGCCUUCUCCUUCCACGCAUUCAGGGGAAUACUCGAGCGAGGCAGAGAGGUCAAGGAGGGCGUGAUUGUCGGCUCCCGCAACAACAAGGCCGGCAGCAGCAGGUCCUCCUCCUCCCCUUCCUCCGUCCCCCUGUACCUGCAGGAGGCCGAGGCGUGUGAUUACACCGCCAAGGUCCUCCUGCGGGUACCCGCAGACAACUCCUCCUCGUCUGCGGGCUCCUUCGCGAUGAAGGAGCAGGGGGUCGACGAGACGGUCCAGCACCAUAUGCGCAAGGCCGUCCUCGACAACCUCGGCGCCCCCGGCGUCAUGAUCCUCGCUACGGGCGACGGCAACCUCGACGGCGACAUGGAGGGAGGCUUCCCCGCCGCCGUGCAGUCCGCCCUCGCCAACGGCUGGGUCGUCGAGGUCUACCACUUCGCCGAGUCCGCCCACUCCACCUGGCGCGAUCCGCGGUUCCUCCACAACCCGGAAUGGGACGGCCGCCUCACAUGUCACGCGCUCGACGACUUCGUCUUCGACAUGGAUGCCAAGCAGCAGCCGGCCACUCCGCUCGGAGCUGAGGUGCCUCGUACAGCAAAGAGGACCAGACGCGAGAGCCGGCCGGCUUACGUGCCGUCUUGGACCCUGCCACCUACUCAGAAGGCAGCCCCCGUCCCUCUUCCUCCGGCAGCGGCAGCAGCAGCAGCAGUCACACCCCCGCCAAGUCCUCCCUUGGAGAUGGCACCUGCGACUCCAGAGGAGAUAGCCGAGUUGGUGGGCAAGUUGGAGCCGGAGUCGAUACCCGUCAUCGCCGCCGCCCUCCUCCGCGUCGCCUCGACUACUCCUCCUCUUGCUCCCGCUCCCGCCCCUGCUCCCGCGCGUAUUCCAUCCGCAUCACACGGGAACGCCAAUAGCUUCGCCGGCGGUGCAAUGGGCUACUUCGGAGCCCAGGUCCCCUCCCCUCCCGCCCUCGCCGCCUUCCCCCAGACCUACCCCCUCCAGUACCCCCAAGCCACCUCCUACACGGCGGCCUUGGGCCAGUACCAGUACAACGGGGUCUGGGGGAACCAGGUGGGCUACUACGGGCACACCGGCUGAGUCUUACGACCAGCCCUUUUUAAACCCUCUUCUCUUCUCUUCCCCUCUUCGAAC